CAUUCAGUUCCUGUUGAGAUGUCCUGCCAGCAAAGCCAGCAGCAGUGCCAGCCCCCUCCCAAGUGCCCCCCCAAGGGUACUUCUAAGUGUCCUCCCAAGUGUCCCCCAAAAUGCCCCCCUAAGUGCCCAGCCCCCUGCCCACCUCCAGUCUCUCCCUGCUGCAGCAUCGGCUCUGGGGGCGGCGGCUGCUGCAGCUCUGGGGGCGGCGGCUGCUGCCUGAGCCACCACAGGCCCCGCCGAUCUCUUCGAUGCCGACACCAGAACUCUGACUGCUGUGGCAGUGGUGGUGGCCAUUCUGGAGGCUCCAGCUGCUGCCACAGCUCUGGGAGCUCCGGCUGCUCUUCUGGGAGCUCUGGAUGUUGCGGCAGCUCUGGGGGCUGCUGCUGAUCUGGGCCGUGGGGAGCACUAAGGAGCAGCCCUGGAGGAGCCACUGGGCCGAGACUCCUCUUCUCCCAUUUGGAAGAACAGAAGAGGACGGAAAGGCUUCUGAAUGCUUUGAGUUUCCCUCUUCCUCCCACCCAUGUCCAUUCCACUGUGAGGUCUAGAGGGUUAGCCUGUGGCAUU